UCAAAAAUAUGUUCUACUCAAGUGACAUCUAUAUUGAAUGUGACAUGUAAAUUUUGACAGAACCAGAACCAUAAUCUCGAUUGGAGCAAGUACAUAGGAAAAAAUUCAUUUUUGGUGAAAAUAAAAACAUCAGCAAGAUAUGCAGUCCGAUAAACAUUUGGAAAACAUCAGUCCUAAGCCUGAAGUUUAUUUUCCCAACGUUUUGUCGCCGUAUUUUCGUUCUCCUUUCACAGAUGUUUUCGGAUCAAUUAUCAAUCAUCAGCAGUAUGGAAAAUGUGCACGAUUUGAAAUGAACAUGAUGGAGUGCUUGGAAGCUUACGGCGUAGAUAAAGGUCGAGUUAAAUGUGCUGACUUAAUCGAUGAUUUUAAUGAAUGUCAUAAUAUGACAAAACAAUUCCUACGUCACAUGGCAAUGAACGCAGAACGGCAGAGACGGAAGGAAAAAUACGCACCAGCACCACAUCCAAAUGCAUAUUAAACCAAAUUAAAAUUUGAACAGCUUUUUUAGUUUUCAAUGUUUCAAAAAAGUAAUUGAGUAAAUAAAAGUAAAAACAAGAAAUGUGCAAAAAAUCGA